UGGAAUGGUAUAUGUAUAUUUUGCUAGAAAUUACAAUGGAAAUAUACAUCUUUCCCAUAAAUUGUCAAUAUGGGAGAAUCUAGAAACAUCUACUAAUAUCCUUGAUUAUAAAAACAUAUAUAAAAAUAAUAUUACUUCUUUAACAUCAAAAACACCCAAUUCUACAGGUCCUGUAACAUCACUUUCUUGGACAUCAGAUGGACAUGCUAUUGCUGUAGGUUGGCAGAAUGAAGGAUUGGCCAUAUGGAGUGUUUAUGGAAAAUUAUUAAUGACUACAAUACGAGAUGAUUGGCCCAAUUCAAUCCCAAAUAAUCAAGACAAAUUUUUAAAUGGAGUAAAUGAUCUU